CAGUGCGUAAACGGUGUUGUGGCGAUUCUUCCACUUUCUCGUUCGUGCUUGACCGGAGAAGUCGUCUUUCGUGUGUCGUGUCGUGUCCAGAGACCUGGUAUUUGCCGCCGUGCCAAGAAAUUUCAUUAAUCAUGGAGGUCGAAAUCCUUGAUGCGAAAAACUCCAAACCCAUUGGCAAGUGCCGUGUGCAGGGCGACACCUCAAUUAAGGCCCUGAAAAAUGAAGUGCAGAACAUGAAGAAAUCACUGACCGUCCAUCGGCAGGCUUUACGGUUGGAGCCCCGUGGUAAAAUAUUGAAGGAUUCCGAUACCCUGCAAUCCCUCAACUUUACAUCCGGAGGCAAACUCUACGUGAAAGAUCUUGGACCGCAGAUCAGCUGGAAGGGUGUCUUCCUGGCCGAAUACGCUGGACCGAUCUUUGUGUACAUGAUCUUCUACCAGAGGCCGUCCCUCAUCUACGGUAGUGCCGCUGCGAAUCCAGUUAGUCUGACUGCCAACGUCGCUGCCCUCUGCUGGAUUGCUCACUAUGCGAAGCGCUUGCUGGAGACGCUGUUCGUUCAUCGAUUCUCUCAUGCUACCAUGCCGCUUAGGAACCUCUUCAAGAACUGCACGUACUACUGGGCAUUUGCCGGUUACGUAGCGUACCACGUGAACCAUCCGCUGUUCACCGAACCCAGUACCGCUGUUAUGUAUGCUGGAUUGGCUGGAUUCAUUGUGAGUGAGCUCGGCAAUUUCUCGAUCCACAUGCUGUUGAGAAAUCUGAGACCAGCGGGAUCCACAGUUCGCAAAAUUCCCAAACCCGAUGGCAAUCCAUUGACUCAGUUGUUCAACUUCGUGUCCUGCCCGAACUACACAUACGAGUUCCUGUCCUGGCUGUCGUUCUCGCUGAUGACCACCUGCGUUCCGGCGUUGCUCUUCACCGCUGCCGGUAUGUACCAGAUGACGGUGUGGGCCAUCGGAAAGCACAAGAACUACAAGAAAGACUUCAAGGAUUACCCCAAGGGCCGCAAGGCCAUCUUGCCUUUCGUCAUCUAAAAGGCGUUCGCGAGAAACUUUACCUUCUGAGAUAAAUAUUUAUUCGGUUGGGUGGGCAUUUACUUUUUCGAUUUUUUUUCUGGGUAACAGGUUUUGAUUUUCUCUAGUUUUUAGGAAGAGAUUAACGGUUUUAGAUAAGCUAGUAACGAUAGAAACCUAACUUUGCUGUGAAGGUUAAACGUAAGAGAUAAAUCGGUGAUUCGACUGUAUAACUUCGUAAAUGAUGAAAUUCAUCUAAUCUUCAUUCCCUUAGCUGAUGAACAACGUUUGUUUUUGAUAGUUUAAAUUCUAUGAGCCACACAAAGAUCAUAAGACCUAAGAUGCAUCGCUUUAGUAACGAAAGAGUGGUGGGUUAAAAUUGCAUUGAAACUAUUGUUAGUUUAUGAAUAACCAUGGCAUGACUUGAAAUAAAUCAUAAUGACUCUUGUAACAACUUA